UCGAAAUAUGGCGGGUAAUACACAGUUAACAGAAAAGCAGCAGUUCGCUCUAAAUACAGCCUUACAGGGUCAUAAUAUAAUUUUGACCGGUCAGUGUGGAACAGGCAAAACAUUUCUUUUGAGGUCCAUCAUAAACAAGUUGUUUAAACAAGGAAGGAGGGUGUCGGUCACAGCAACCACUGGAAUUGCAAGUACCCAUUUGGGACCAUCAGCUACAACCAUACAUUCUUGGUGUGGUAUCCUUGAUGGCAGGUUUUCUCAAAGACAACUGAAAGAACUUGUUUGCAGUGAUGAACGUUUCAGUGAUGCCAGAGAAAGAAUUAAAAGUACAGAUGUCUUGAUAAUUGAUGAGAUAGGAAUGGCAUCACAGAAAAUUUUUGAAAUGGUGGAGAUGGUGUGUCGCAUUGCUAAACACAGUGACUUUUUAUUUGGUGGAUUACAGGUUAUAGCUUCAGGAGACUUCAAACAACUCCCACCAGUUCCGAACAUUAGAUAUGGCGACAUGGGCAACCAUUGUUUCAUGAGUGAUGUAUUCAGGGAGUUUUUUCCCCAUCACAUCAAUUUAGAUGUUGUUGUACGUCAGAAUGAACUACCUCUAAUAUUGGCCGUAAAUGAACUGUGCGAGGGAAAGCCAUCACAAGAAACAGAGCAAUUUUUAAAAAGUUUAAACAGGCCAUUACCAGAGUCAAAUGAUGACAUCACCAGACUUUUUGGUACCAACUUCGACACAUCUUAUAUCAACCAGGAAAUGUUGGAAGACUUAGAUGGUGAACUGUUUUUGUUCAAAGCAAAAGAUACAGGUCCAAGACAUUUACUUCUGCAGUGUCCUGGUGGUGCAACUUUAGCUUUAAAAGUUGGGGCGCCUGUAGUAUUAGUAAGAAAUUUAUCUGGUGGACUCAUGAAUGGAAUGAUAGGCAAAGUCAUUGAAUUGAAGCAUGGACACCCACCAAUUGUUAAUUUUGGUGGAAGGAUUGUACCUUUGGAAAUGGUGCGUUUUGAUAUAUAUGAUCCAAGGCAGAAAAGGUCCCUUGCUUCAAGCCACCAAUUUCCUAUCAAGCUUGCAUAUGCAUUAACAGUUCACCGUGCCCAAGGCAUGACUUUGCCUAAAGUGGAGGUUGACUGUUACUCGUUCUUUGCACCCGGGCAGUUAGGCGUUGCGGUUGGUCGAUCUGUUUCCACCAGUGGUCUCAGAAUUGUUAAUUACAAUUCUAGAGCAGCCAAUUUAUUGCACUCAGAAGGUGUAUAUGAUUUUUACUUUCAUGAAAGUACAAAACCUGAGGCAGAUUUAUCAUGCUGCAAAAAACGAUAUCAACUUGAUGAAGUCCAGGAGGAAAACUUAGACGAGGUAAAUGAACUAUCACCUAAAAAUAUGCAAAGUACCAGUCAGGCACCACUACUGAAUACACAAGAAAAAUGUCCCUGGUCUUUGCAGGAGUUUCAAGACAAAUUUAAGGAUAGUUCAUUUAUGGAAGGUGUAAAUAAUAUUGACAUCUUGCAAAAAGUUUUUAACCUCCAUUUUGUUACUGUGAAAGAUUUUUUAAAGAAAAAUCCAAAAAGCAACGAGGAUUUUGUACAAUUAUAUAGUAAAGUUAAUAGCUAUUUAAUAGGUGAAGUCCAUCAAAAAUAUGGAGACAUAUCAAAGAGGCAACUAAAGCACAAAAAUUGUCCACCAAGCUGUUCUGUUUUAUUCUUGAUAAAGAAAUACAGAAACUUGCUGAUGCUGUUGUUGAGAAACAGGUAGUGCAGUCUGAAUUGAAUGCAACAAUAACACCACC